AUGCAGUCGCAACCAGAUAAUAAUUUUAUAUUUGUCUAUCAAGACCACUUGACGAAGUUCUUACAGUUGCGUGCCCUAAAAAACCAACGUGCAGAAGAGGUUGCAUGUCAUCUAAUUGAUAUUUUUACUAUAUUUGGAGCCCUUAGUGUACUGCAAAGUGACAACGGUCGUGAGUUUAGUAACAAAAUCGUAGAAGAAGCUUGUGCAAUGUGGCCGGAUCUGAAAAUUGUGCAUGAAAAACCUAGGCACAGCCAGACUCAAGGUUCGGUUGAACGUGCAAACCAAGAUAUUGAAAAUAUGCUAAGUUCUUGGUUGGAAAGCAACCACACCAGUAAAUAG